AUGUUUGCGCGCUCGGCCGAAGAUGACAACGCCAUGCCUGCUGUCGCGCGGCGGUCGCUGGCGACUCUCUCUGAUGGGUCACGGCGCGCCGACGGGCCAUUGGAGGAGUACGAUAGGCGGGUUGAGGCCGGCAUGUUGAGAAACGACGAGCACCAGAGAGGCAUCAUCGAGAGCCUCCAGCACCUCCACAACGAACUGCGCAACUACCACGCACCCCCCGUUGUCCACCCGAGCCUCCAACUCCUCAAGCCUGCCAGGAAGUCCGUCUUUUCCUCCCUAUUCGGCAAGGGCAGAGGCGCGCAGUCGGCCGUUGGCGAGAUCCCGAAUAACCUGCCCCGCGGCCUCUACCUCUACGGUGACGUGGGCAGCGGCAAGACGAUGCUCAUGGACCUCUUUCACGACACCCUCCCCGCCUCGGUCAAGACCAAGACGCGCAUCCACUUCCACAACUUUAUGCAGGACGUUCAUCGUCGGCUGCACCGGAUGAAGACGGAGCACGGCAGCGACAUCGACGCGGUGCCGUAUGUCGCAGCCGACAUUGCCGAGCAGAGCAACGUGCUGUGCUACGACGAGUUUCAGUGCACAGACGUGGCCGAUGCCAUGAUACUCAGAAGGUUACUAGAGGCGCUCAUGUCGCACGGCGUGGUGCUGGUGACGACGUCGAAUCGCCAGCCAGACGACCUGUACAAGAAUGGGAUCCAGCGAGAGUCCUUCAUCCCCGCCAUCAAGCUGCUCAAGAGCCGGUUGCACAUCAUCAACCUGGACUCUCCGACCGACUACCGCAAGAUCCCCCGGCCGCCCUCGGGCGUGUACCACACGCCCCUCGACAACCACGCCAACUCGCACGCCGAGAAGUGGUUCCGCUUCCUCGGCGACUCGGAAAACUUCAACCCGCACCCGGAGACGCAAAAGGUGUGGGGCCGCGAGAUAUACGUGCCGCGCGUCAGCGGGCGGUGCGCCUGGUUCACGUUUGCCGAGCUCAUCGGACAGCCCAAGUCGGCGGCCGACUACCUCGAGCUGGUACGCAGCUACGACGCCUUCAUCGUGACGGACGUGCCGGGCAUGACGAUACGCGAGCGCGACCUGGCCCGGCGGUUCAUCACCUUUGUCGACGCCGUGUACGAGGGCAACGCAAAGCUGGUGCUGACGACGGAGAAGCCGCUGACAGAGCUCUUUGUGUCGCGUGACGAGAUUGCCGAGAGCCUGCUCCAGGGCAACCCGCAGAGCAAGGACGGCAGAGCCAUGGACCGGAUGAUGGAGGACCUGGAGCACAGCGCCAAGCAGCUCAAGAAGACGAGCCUGUUUGCGGGCGAAGAGGAGGCGUUUGCGUUUGCGCGCGCGCUGAGCCGGCUCAGUCAGAUGGAGAGCAGGGAAUGGGUGGAGCGGGGCAUGGGGCUGGAGAGCCAGGGCGGGAAGCAGGACCGGGACAACUGGUCGAGGGCGAGGAGUCGACAGAUGGAAGACUCGAUGUAG